GUCAUCUACGUCUUGGCCAGUCUUGACGACGCGCGAGUGGAUGAGCUGCCGCCUCCCGCUCCUUGACGCGCGGGUUGGCACGGCUUACCUAAGCAAAUGUCAGGACGCGGCUCAGACGCGCCCGACCCAUUUGACGGGCCCAGACAGGACACAACCCACACACGCCUCUUAGCUGUCCAAGGUCCCUCUCACCCACCACUCGACACCCAUCUCUCACACAUAUCUAUUAAGAAGAGGCUGCUGAACAAUAGCGUCAUCGCUCGUCGGCCUUCCUACUCCAUCGCCAUCAUCAUCAUCAUCAUCGCCCUGAAGCAACCACAACAGACUCGGCCACCACCAACACCACCCUCCUUUUUCCUUGAUCCCUAACCUCACCCCUUCGCCGACUCAUGCCAGCGCGCUGACGAGCCCUUGCAACUCCAAUUGAGGUAAGAUCGCACCUCCCGUACCCCUCUCCCGCCUCCAACCCCUCCAAAAUUUCCUCUCGCCGCGUCAAUGGCUGGCACGCUUGCCGCCACGCCAUCGCGUGCCGACGCGGGAACAUCACGGCCUCACCUCAAUGGAGGCAAUAGCGGAGAAGGUCGACACGCUGCUACUCACCUCUCGACAAUCGCCUCACGCCGCGACGAGGAGAACAAUCCGCCAUCAGACGACAGCAUCUCAGCAUACAUCAAUCAUUCGACUUCCUCGCCCCUCGAUGCCGGGUCUCGCCCCAGUCAGGAGGCAAAGGCACAGGAUGAAGAUGCACGCGUCCCUUCUUCCCCUUCACCCACACCAGCAGACGAUGAAGACGUCGCUGCAGCUUCGGGAAUGCUGAGCUUGCGUGCAUCUCAGGACUCGAGCGCGUCAAGACCAGCUCGUGUCUUGAGCGAUGCAUGGCGCCUCCCUCCUCCGGACUCGACUGCUGCACACCAAGACGCCUUUGGUACCGGACGACCCUCUGACUUCUUUAUUCACCGCGACGACGACGACAAUAAUGUGCCUACUUCGAUGAGACUGGGAGCGAGAGAUGCGGUACUGUAUGGUCUCGGUGCCUCAUCACCCGCCUCGCAUCUCCCAAGAAGUGGUUCCGGGGCUCACCCGCACAGAGAUCGAGAGUCAACCACAGUUGCAGAAGAGGGAGAAGGCGAAGGCGAAGACGAAGACGAAGAGCUCGACGAACUUCAAGACCCCAACGCGUCACAAAGCUUUGACUCUUCACGCGGCGAUGAUGACGACUCGCGCGAGUACGAUACCUCGACUGGUCCUGAUGGCAAGCCAAAAAAGCGUCGCAGGAGAACCAAGAAGGAAGAGGCAGACGUUCUAGUCAGCGUCUACGCGCAGACAGCUUUCCCCGAUUCAGCGACGCGUCAGAGGUUGGCGUCACAGCUCGGUAUGACGACGAGGGCUAUCUCCAUUUGGUUCCAGAAUCGUAGGCAGGCAGAGAGGAAGCGGGCCAGUCGUUUUGGGCCAGCCUACUCUGCCGCAGAGAUCCUUGUGUCGUCACAGUCGUCUAACACUACGGCACCGUCGCGAUCGAUAAGCUUGGGGUCGGGACAUCACACGCUGCAAAGGUGGCCUAGUCUCGAUGCUAUCGCAGCAAGCCAAGGGACCGAGUCACGCGCAGAGAGUCCCGCUAGCGAGCACGAUGGUCAAGGACUGGCUAGCUUACGGGAUCCUUCCGCCUCCUUUGAGGUCCACGAGGACAAAGAGAACAUCUCGCUGCCAUCGACACAAUCUGCGCCUACUGCUGUCGAGCGCAAAGGUGACCGUCAACGGCUGCGCGACAUCCGUGACCUGGUCUUCGGCCUCGACGCCCUCAAGCCGCCGCAGUGCGAAGGCACCGACACCACUGAAGGAGACGAAAACGACGCGUCUGUGCUCGAUACCACUCGUGCCAACUUUGCCGGACGCUCCCCUUGGGGCCGCAGUGUCAGCUCAAGUGCGGCUCUUUGUCGCCCAAGCAUGGAACAAGUCGUCGGUCGCUCUCGUGCUCGUCACCAUCACUCCCCCCAUCACCGCCACGGCAGCGGAGCUAAGGCUAAUCUGCUCCGCUUUAUGUCCCUCUCCACAUCAAGACGAGGCCGUGCUUCGCUGGACGGUCAAGCUUCUCCACCUGCAAAGCGACCCUUCUUACGCAGUUUAUCGGAACGGGGCAAGCAGCUACCCCCAACACUGGCCAAGGCGAUCCACCUGUCCGAGAGGGCAGAGGAGCACAGCGCGGCAUUGCACGAGCAGAGGGAAGAGCAACGCGACCUCCUGGCCAAGAUGAGCAGCAGUAGCUCAAUGAGCUCCGGCGAAGAGGGUGCAGCAACCAGGCUACCCAUCUGCGGCGAGGAGGAGGACGAAGAGCAGACGCUCCGUCGUGCAGCUAACCGUCGACUCGUGAAAGCUCAAGCAGCAGGCAAGGAGCUCCCUGACCGCUCUGACGCUAUCAACUCGCUGCGCUCUCGCCCUUGGGCACGCUCCAUCUCUGGACCUGUGUGCGGGGCUGCUACGCUCGAUUUGGCUGCGGGCCGUGACCGUACUAAGCCGAGUCCACUCGCCUUUGUGCAACGACCCCAGUCUCCGCCGGUGCAGAGUCAGCAGGACAUGUUUGCCCUGCCCAAUGCUGUGGUGAAGAAGCAGCCAACCCAGUCGAAGGCCGGCAAGAAGCGUAAGUCAGAUGAGGGGCCGAGGAGCGUUGGGGGAUCGGGCAAGAAGAACCAACUUGCAGGGCAGGACGCCUCACUCGUUUCUGCUGCCUCUUUGGGCCAAGAGAACCUCCCACCGACCCCACUCCCGCAUCAGCAAUACCACCCCCACGCAUCUCCUUCCCCUCGCCAUUUCGGCGCCACGGGCACGCCUCACCUAGUCAAACAACACUCCUUCGUCAGCCCUAAAGGUCUUCCAAGCUUCGGUACGCCCCGCAGCGAGCUAGGUAAAUCACGAUCGUUCGGUCGCUCGAUCUCGGCGCAAUCCACUUUGCCUUCGCAGCUCGGUGGCAUAACAGAGGAAUCCCCCUCCUCGGCUCGCAACGGUGCACCGUCCUCAUCGUGGGCUCCGUCUAGCAUGGGGGGUGUAUCGCUUUACUCCACAAAUGGAACUAGCGCCACACCUGCUAGCCACUUGCAUCGUCCCUCAAUGCAAGGAUCGGCAAGUCGGGAGAUGACGCCUCGUAGUCUUGCGUUUGCGCUUGGUUUGGCACACGCCACGCCUGGUGCCGGUCAUGGCAGUAACAGCAACGGCGUCAGCGGCGCUGGAGGUGCUGGCGGGCUCGGUUCCCUCUUCAUGAGCUCCUCGCGCUACUCUACCAGUCGCUACCUCGCGUCGAGCUCGCGAGACUCGAUCGCCGCCGCAGGAGGGAUGCCAGGCAGUGUUCGUGCCAGUGGAGGUGCAGCAGGCGGGAUAGGAGCAGCGGCUGGUGCGCCGUAUAGUCCGCUCGCGCGAGGAAGGCAGGGAGCCAUGCUGUACGCGGCGCCUACGCCUCGUACUGGCGCAGACACUCCCGCUCGUCAUCACUCCAGUGGCCAGCCUAUGUCAGCCAUCGGAGGUGAGAAGCGCAACUCCUCCUCCAGCGGGAGCAGUAACGGCAGCCGGGGCAGCAGCGAGGAUCAAGAACAGCGAAACAAGGCCGAUCCACAGACCGCUGCACCGCCCUCCUCCACCCCUCGUACGGGCGGGCGUGUGCCAUUCAGCAAGGUACACUCCCAGCCUAGCAUGCCUCCUCCGCCUCUCUUCUCCGCCAAUGGCACACAGAGCUCCUCUCAGCCGCAACGUAGGGUACAGCGUCUCCCCUCGCUUUCUACUCUUGCGACCGCGGCCGGUGAUACCGAGAUGAACAAGGAGAACGAGAGCGGCCUCACGGGACCAUCUCCCGGUCUCCUCCCCCUCGGGGCACUCAAGUCCCGUACCAGCAAUGCAGCGUCUAAACACCCUAGGCAGGAAGACGUUGGUGAUGACUCUGGCUUUGCUGCCCCUCUGUCGAGCGCGUCCGACAACGAAGACGACGGUGAGGGUCAACAGCGCUAUCAGAAAGCUGGGAAGGUGGUGCUACAGAGCAGUGCAAACGGGAACGGGAGCGGUGGAAGUCCAACGAGGCAGAGACAACAUGAUGCUGCGCAGGUAUUGUUGGGGUUGGCAGGGGAGGGAAGGUGAUGCGCUGGACUAGCAGGUACGUGAGAGGGCGGCAAGCAGUGUGCUACUCAAAGAUGGGACCGAAAGGCGAGACUUGGCAGAAAAGAAGAGGAUAUCACUUAAAUUUCGAUGGGGAUCAAGAUCGGGAGGAAGGGGGCUGAGCACCAUCGACAUCAAUCGACGUCGUGUCGGACCAUAUAUGUCUUGAGUGAUCGCUCGUCAUUAUUCAAUGCAAUGAAAUGCCAUCAGCUACACUUGCC